AAAUUGUGCGUUUUUCCCUGCUAGAUCAUUGUGCUGAAGUGAAUCCUGUAAGUCACCCUUGUGUUGAACCGCAAUGAAACUUUUUUCCCAAAUUCUGUGCGUAGCCUUUUUGGUGGCGCAGGUAAGAGGCCAAAAUUGCGUUGAGGAGACGUUAAACUGCGAUGACCCCGUUCCGACCAUCUUUAAGUUGGGUGAUCAAUCGUGUGCUUGCAACAGCGCAGGUCAUGCCGGAGCACUGCAAUUCUUAAACGGCAAGGUACAAGUUUGCUUGGGAAACGAGUGGAAGACCUUUCAGUUUGUAGAGGACAUCGAAUACGGCACCGAGAAGAAUCCUGGUUCAUCCUGUAAAGAUAUCAAGGAUAAAGCUGUUGGAAAACAGCUUAGCAAUGGAGUCUUCUGGAUCAAACUGCAAGGUAUUGUCAAGAUUUCAGAUUUAUUGUCCUUUCAGCCUCGAGUACAGGUCCCAACUAUCUCUUUUAAAGGUUAAGGGCAUUGAAAUCUAGGGAAUCUUAAAAUAAAAUAAUACACUGAUCAGUGUGAUUUGUUCAUAGGUUCAUGCCCCAUAUCGCGUAAGGCUAACUCUCGAGCCUUCAUUUGAGAGUUUCUUGGGUAUUUGAACAAAUAGUACCUGUCUUACUGACUCUCUCAUUUCGGUAUCCUUUAUUGCAUAAGCACAAAUCCAAAAUUGGCUUUUCAGAUUUGUAAAGGCCAUGCGUUUAGUAUCGUUUUGUAUCGGAGCAGUUGCUAGCUCACUCUUUAUUGCUGCGUACUAUACACCUUGGCGAGAUUGACUCAGCAAUUAUUCAAGUUUUACUCUGAGGUUGUUUUUUAUGUUAUUUAAGUUUUCGAGACUGCACUCUUUUCAUGAUUAAGCAUUUAAUCAAAAGGCAUCUUAUUUUUAGCUCGAAGUUCAUAAGUCGUGCAAAAAGUUUACUGCUUGACACAUUUUGAGCGAGAUACCUAAGAUACGUAACACUCCAAAAGCAUAAUUAUCAUUCAUUAUCAUUCAUCAUCAGCGACUGAAUCAACUUAGCUGCAUUGUUAGAGAGUAAUCAAACAAUUUUUUAUCUGUUGUAAUGAAUGCAUGAGCUCGAACGUAUUCUCUAGCGCAUUCACUAGCGACCUAUUUUUCACUUCCUUGGCAUAAUUUUUUUCCAAUAGGCGUUUCGGGUGCUUUUCCAGUUUAUUGCGACAUGGACGCAGGAGGUAAGCGUAUUCUUGUGGCACCGAAUAAGUUCUAUGUAAAAUAAUCGGUGAUGAAAACUGAAGAAAACAAUCGUAGAAUCUUAAGGUUUUGUCAAAUAUCAGUGGGUUUCGUUAAAAAUUUCUCAACGUAGCGUUCACAAACAGCUAUUACUUUGUUUAUCGCAAAGAACUGAAUUGGCGAAAAAAUUAUUUUUCGCGUCAUGCAGCUCUUAAAAAAAAAACCAAAACAAAACAAACAUUCAUAUUAGCGUGCCGCGAGGAACUCUGAAAAGUCUGACUUGCCCAACGGACUUCCGCUUUAGUCUGUUCCUUAGAUCAUGAUACUUUUAUAGACGGAGAUAAAAAUCAUAUGAUUUCUGGAGGUUCAAGGUUCAGAUUCAGUUUUCCAAACUUCGGGAAACCGGCCAUAUAUUUCAUGUUAUUCAUUACUAGGUUGGACCUUGGUAUUCAAGGCAGUGAGUGGUGUUGAUAAGAAGAUCUGGGAUACGUAUAACUCGGCCAAGACCUCUUCCGAGUCAGUUGAUGCUGCCCUUGAUGUCACAAACCAGUUCAAAGAUCACUACAAGAAUAGAGUGGUGUUAAACUGGGGUAGCUUCAAUCCAUCUCAGGUUAUGAAAGUCAAAAUUUUACUUCAGGCUUAAACUUUGUAACAGGCUUAAAUAGGAUUCAAAACCAUUGAGCCAAAACCAUUGAGCCAAUAAUCCUUCACGCAUCAAUGAAAGCUUUAUUUUGACAUUCACUUCAGUUUUGAAUAACUGCAAUGAUCUUUUCUUGGAAAAGAGCUCGCCUUUCGGAAUAGAAGAUGUCUGCGUAAAAAUAUCUGAGCAUACCAUUGGAGGCUUUGGUGUAUUUCUAUAAAACUUCAAAAUUAACAUCCACGACACUCGAAGGCGCAAUGCUAUUCAUACCUCCAAAAUUUUAUCACGAACCUGUUUAGCCCCAAUUUUCGUUAAAACUUUUAUUUAUUUUGACAUUUCAAUUAAUCAAGUACUCUUAACCCCUAAAUGAUUUUUUUGAGAAUUAUCAUUAUGUAUUUUUUGAAGCUUAAACUUCGUUCCACCUGUGGAAUGAUGAAUUCGAUUUGCCCCCCUCAGAUAGCAUUUUAGACAAGUUUUUCACUUGCAGUUUUAAAAGUGUUCUUUUUUUUUUUCAAUUCUGAACUGGAAGAAGGUCAUUCAUUCACCGGUUCAUUCAAUCAACUCUUCCAUCCAUCUGUUCAUUCAAUUUCAUUCAUUCGCUCACUCACGUCAUGCACUCGUUUAUUUCCCUCAUUCUAUUUCAUUCAUCCAUUUAUUCAGGCAAAAGUGGUCCUGUACACGGGUGCAGCCAGUCAAAAGGAACUCCUUUUUAACGCAGUUGGAACGGACAAACUGAAUUGGUUUUCCGUGAAUAAACUUGUUUCCUCCUCAUGGACUGAUAUCAAGAGCGAACGAAGGAACUACUUUUCAAUUCAGGGAGGAUGCAGUGGCGGAAAUUGUCGGAGCUUUUUCAUUAACCGGAACUAUGGCGGGUGUGGGGUGGAUGCUGGAUGGCUAGUAACCGCUGGCGUGUGGUGCUCGUGGGAAACCAAUGCUGACCACACGAAAAGAGUCUUGUACAGCAAGCUAUCUACAUAUACCGAUUGGAAUGUUAAAAGUAAGGACUCCAAAGUCAUUUAUUUAUUGAUUUUUUUA